UUUCUCUUGAAAAAAACUAUCCAGCACCUUUUCACAACUCGCAAAGCCCAGUAGCCGCAAGAAACCAUGCGAAAGUGGGCUGCAGAACCAGAGCCCAGCCCACUACCCCAGUAGCAUAAAGUCUGGUGGUUUGGGGAAAAACCUCCUUGCUUCUGGCCGGCAAAAAUAGCAGGGGAGAGCCAGAGAUGAGCAGGCGAGGUCCGCCCAAGCAUCAGAAUGCGUACACAUGGAAGCCCAACGCCGGCAUUAAGAAGAACGAAACAGAGUUGGGAGGGAAGCUGAGGCCGUACUCUGAAAUCACAGGGGUGUGCCUUCGCUGCAAGGAACAGAUUGAGUGGAAGCGCCGGUACGGAAAGUACAAGCCUCUCUCCGAGCCUGCUAAAUGUCAGCGGUGCUCCAAACGCGCGGUUCGUCAGGCUCACCAUAAUCUUUGCCCUGCUUGCGCUAAGGAACAAAAUGUAUGUGCCAAGUGUUGCUGCCAUGUGGAUCGAGUAGUUGGAAGAGAUUGUUUGGAACUAGAAGCUGAGCAGAAAAGACUUGAGGAGGCCAUUAAGAAUGCUCGAGAGAGGGACAGGAGGACCCUAUUACGUGCUAUGAACAAAGGUAAAUCUCAUUGUUCACCAAAGGCCCCAACUGCUAAAGAGAAUAAGGCUGGGGAAUUAUUUCCAGGUGCAUCACUGGAGGAGUACGCUGAGUUGAGCAAAAUUGAAGAUGAAGAAGUUAUUGAUGAGGAUGAGAAUUGAGUUUGUGACUAAGAUCAGGAGAUGUGGAACAGCUCAAGAACGCUUCUCUGAUUUCCUGCCAACAACUUUUGGCUGUUUUCAGAUAUCAUAUUUACUGGGGAAAUCAUAUUUUUCUCAAUGAGGCAAGGCUUGGGAUAAGCUUAUUAUGGUUUUUUUGGUGUCUUAUCUGAAUGUAAUUUAUCCAUGAAACAGCUAUAUAUUUCCUGUCAUUAGUAUGCUUUAGCAAUAUAUUUAAAUGAAAUGUGGUUGAAGCCCAUUUUCAG